UACUGUUUUUAUCUUCAUAUCUUUCAUAUUUGUCCACCUAAACAAUGCUUUAAUGAUACAGUUUGAGAAGUUUGAUAUGAAUUUAUCCAACUGACUUGAAAAUGAAACUGACAACUGUCCUGUAAUCUUACACAGAGAAACCAAAUCCUGCGUCUUUGCCUUGACAGACGCCUAAAAUGGCUCGAGCUGUGGCAAAGGAGAAGCUCCCACACUCAUCCAGUGGAGACCGUUGUGCUCUGGACAAUGAAGUUCCCGCUUUCAUGUUCAGACCUAUCAGUGCACCUGCAUGUGAGCUCCCAAGUCCACCACCUGCUGAUGCCAGCUUUCAUUCAAAGGACACAAACAAGAUCAUUCACCCAGAUUUGAAAAAUGAUCGUUCAUCCCUGGAUGAUGAAGUGGCGUUUUUCAUGUGUCCUACUGAUGUUCCUCUGCCUCCGAGACCUCCACCCACUGCAGAGUUACGUCUCUGCAGAAAGCGCAGAUAUUCUGCUGUUUUUUCUGUGGAGGAUGAAGAGGAACAUUUGAUGCCUAAACGCAUGAGGCUGAUGAGUUCUGAUGUUCCACUUUCUUCAAGUCCUCCACCUGCUGAUGACAGCUUUCAUUCAAAGGACACAAACAAGAUCAUUCACCCAGAUUUGAAAAAUGAUCGUUCAUCCCUGGAUGAUGAAAUAAGAGGUCUGAGUUACCUCUCAGCUCCCCCCAAGGCCAUCCACCAUCACCGGUCAAUAAUAAUGACACUGACCAGUGUACCAUUCUGCUGCCUCCUGAAAUCCCAGUACCUCCAAGUCCUGCCCCUGUUGGAGUUCUAG